ACAAAUAGUGCAUCGUUUCCAUUGUCUUGGUUGCCAGGCUAACAAACAAAUUCUACACUGCUAAUUAAAAGUGAAGACGAAUAAAUAAGUUGAAACAUUCUUGGGAAUUUCGCGUAGGCAUUGUCGGGAGUCUUAUCUGAUUGCAGUCAAUUGUUGUUCCAUUUACGCAAACAAUAAAGAUAGUAAUCUCAUUGCAAGUUGAACGCAAAUUGUAUGCAGAUUCUAUAUUGAUCAUUGGAUUACACUGUGUUCUUACUGUAUGGAAAAUAUAUAAGGUUUAAUUAGUGGAAAUCCCAACAUAAACAAACUCGUUGAGGAAGUCUAUUUACGCUUCUCACUAAGCUUUCGUGUUGGAUUCCAAUUGUUUGUUUACACAUGUACUUAUAGGGGCACCGGCACCCAACCAGAGAGAGAGAGAGUAGGAAGUGGGGCUACUGAUGAUGAUGGGGCUUGCUGAUUCCGAUCAUAACGACUGAGGCUCGUGUGGCGAGCGGUUGAUCUCCCAUCGCGUCAGAUUUCCCACUGCCGUCGCCCGCUGAUUAACGCUGGACGCAAUCAGAACAAAUCAGCAUUAAUUCAAUCAAAGAUUAAGACUGACAUGGAUCGUCUCAGCUGUGCACAGAAGAUGUUCCUGAAAGCGGUUGUGUUCAUCCUGGCCCUGGCCCUGACACAGUUUGGCCCUGCCGCCGCCGUGCCACAGGUGCAGACAAUUGGAGCGUCACGUCCCGAUGAAGAUGGCCACAGACUGAAGCUUUGGCUGACAAUCAAUGCGCGUAAGCGUUUUCUGGAGAUUUCCUGGAAGAAUGCCCCAGCCCAAAUGGGUGACAAUGUUCUGCUGACACUCCAGGAUCCGCACAGCUUCGAGCGGCGUACACUGCCAACGGGCACGCCUUUGGCUUCCUUCGCUUGUGAUGAAGGCAGUGGCUCUGGCGAUGGUGCGGCCGACUACGUGCCCGUGCAGGGAUUCACACGGAAGCCGCGCAUUGAGCUGAUCACGAAGGAGUCGCCUGCGUUGCGCCAGUAUUGGGUAGCCAACGGGGGAAGCGCCGAAGUGGUGGCUGCCAUACAGCCCAGCCUCACCACCCAGUGGUUCACCACGGGCGUGCCCUUCGACUAUGCGCUGUCGCGGAAUGUGAGCACCCAGACCUCCUGCUACGGCUACUGGGCCAGCUACAUCAAUGCGGAGGGACGCAUUCUGGCCAAGAACUGUGUGCGGGCCUAUCCCCGCUGGAUGAACGAGUUGCGUUCGGUGGUGGGAGAGCUGCGGCUGCGCGAUCUCUUCAUACCGGGCACCCAUGACUCCGGCUCGUAUCGCCCCAACUUUGAUCCACUGCUACGCGAGAGUCUGGUGACCAAAUAUGCCCUCACCCAGGAUGACGACAUAAUGGGACAACUGAUGCAUGGCGUGCGAUAUCUGGACAUACGCGUGGGCUACUAUCGAGCAUCACAGGAGAAGUUUUUCAUCUACCAUGGCAUCACGAAGCAGCGACCGCUGCAGGAAGUCAUCAAUCAGGUGAAGGAUUUUGUCCAUGAAACCAAUGAGAUUGUCAUAUUUGGACUCAAGGAAUUUCCAGUGGGCUUUGGCAAGAACUUGGGCGUCCAUCGUCUGCUGGUCAGCUAUCUGCGGGAACAGUUCCAGGAUCUGAUUGCACAUCCCUCACUGGGAUGGCGAGCCUCACUGCGCGACAUUUGGUCGAGGCAACAGAAUGUGAUUCUGGCCUACGACAAGCAUGCCAUUGUGGAGGAGAAUCCCCAGCUGCUGUUCGGCGCCGUGGAACAGCGUUGGGGCAAUGUGCAGACCUGGCCGCGACUCGAGACAUUUUUGCGCAACAUCAACGACUUUGAUGUGUCACGCUUCUCGAGUCGCCCGGUGGCUGAUAUGGCCGAGCUGACGCCGGAAACCUGGGAUGUCAUACUCGAUAAGCACGGCGGACUCCGCAAAAUGGCCGACACAAUCAAUUGGCGCAUCUCGCAGCUGUAUCGAGAUGAGCUGGGCGAACACUCCAAUAUUGUGGCAGCAGAUUUCAUACGCGGCACCACCAUAGUAGAGACUGCCAUCGAAUGGAAUCGUCGCAAGGUUGCCUAUUAAUUAAGGAGACUUUUAGCAUUUAAAAACAGCAACAGCAACAUUUAUCAGAAAAAAAACGUUUACAAAUUUAUGUUUUGUUUGUUCCCUAAACGUGUCACAAUAUCUAGUUUGUUCCCAUAUCAAAAGCAGGCAGCACUUCCUGAUGAAUAUUCGAAAAAAGGAAUGUGGCAUCAGGAAAUGAGAAA